UGUGCAUGUUUCCUGUUGAAUACCGUUCAUCAGAAAGAUUCUGAAGUCAACCCUGAACACUGAGGAGACAUGGAAGCUGUGAUCGGACUGUUGAUACUUGGAGUCUGUCACGGUAUGGAAACCUACUGUGAUGGCAGACAGAAUGGAGCUCAGUGUUAUGGAGCUUUGGGAGGAACUGUGGUCCUCCAGCUGAUGGACAACGCCUCAGAAAUACAUAAAUACCAAUUGUUGAAAAAUAAAUCUGUAAUACUGGUUGGGAGAAGGAAUAACAUUGUGUCUAAUCUGAUAGCAAGCAGAUCUUUCUUUACUCCCAGUAAUGGAACAUUUAGGAUCAAUAAACUGAGCAGGACUGAUGGUGGUGAAUAUAAACUUAUAACCUUUAAUGCAGAGGGUCGUAUUAAUUCAGAUCGGGCUCUACAGUUGACCAUUCAAGCUCCUGUGUCCUCUGUCCUGCUGGUCUCUGAGUGUCUGUCCCAGGGAGAGAUGAAGGUGUCCUGCUCCUCUGAGGGAGCAGACAGUCCUCAGUACAGCUGGACUCUGAAUGGACGAACUCUGACAGACUCUGAGCUCCUCUCUGGAAACACUGAGACUAACAUCAUCACUCUGAAACAACACGUCUCAGGACAACUGGUCUGCUCUGUCAGGAACGACGUCAGUAGUGACUUUAAAGAAGUGAAUAUAUCAACCUGUGGCUUCAUAUUCAUUAACUGCACCUCACUCAAUGGGACGCACAUAUCACAGUGGGUGUAUGAAGCCAAUAAUACCCUGUGUAUUGAGCCAACAACAGCUUCCACCCCGAUUACAGUAACUGAGGCCUCCACUGUGGGUAUGGAAACCUACUGUGAUGGCAGACAGAAUGGAGCUCAGUGUUAUGGAGCUUUGGGAGGAACUGUGGUCCUCAAGCUGAUGGACAACGCCUCAGAAAUACCAAGAUACCAAUUGUUGAAAAAUAAAUCUCUAAUACUGGUUGGGAGAAGGAAUAACAUUCUGUCUAAUCUGAUAGCAAGCAGAUCUUUCUUUACUCCCAGUAAUGGAACAUUUAGGAUCAAUAAACUGAGCAGGACUGAUGGUGGUGAAUAUAAACUUACAACCUUUAAUGAAGAGGGUCGUAUUAAUUCAGAUCGGGCUCUACAGUUGACCAUUCAAGCUCCUGUGUCCUCUGUCCUGCUGGUCUCUGAGUGUCUGUCCCAGGGAGAGAUGAAGGUGUCCUGCUCCUCUGAGGGAGCAGACAGUCCUCAGUACAGCUGGACUCUGAAUGGACGAACUCUGACAGACUCUGAGCUCCUCUCUGGAAACACUGAGACUAACAGCAUCACUCUGAAACAACACGUCUCAGGACAACUGGUCUGCUCUGUCAGGAACGACGUCAGUAGUGACUUUAAAGAAGUGAAGAUAUCAACCUGUGGCUUCAUAUUCAUUAACUGCACCUCACCCAAAGGGACGCACAUAUCACAGUGGGUGUAUGAAGCCAAUAAUACCCUGUGUAUUGAGCCAACAACAGCUUCCACCCCGAUUACAGUAACUGAGGCCUCCACUGUGGGUAUGGAAACCUACUGUGAUGGCAGACAGAAUGGAGCUCAGUGUUAUGGAGCUUUGGGAGGAACUGUGGUCCUCCAGCUGAUGGACAACGCCUCAGAAAUACCAAGAUACCAAUUGUUGAAAGAAAUCUCUAAUACUGGUUGGGAGAAGGAAUAA